UUUAUCCGAGACUGGAGGCAGCACCCAGAUAUAUUUUGGAGUUACGUUUGACAUUCAUGAACACUUUAAGCGCAACCCUACUCGAAAUCCCAUGAAGCAAAUGGAGUCCAUAAAGGAGAUCGUCCCGUUCGCUAAAGAGCUGUUGAGCCAGAAUCCCACCCGGGGCAUGGUGAAGGUGUACUUGGCGGGCACCGUGCUUGCGUUCUUCGGCAUAGUGAUCGGCCUGGUGGAAACCGUUUGCAAGUCUUUCUCGCCGCGGGAGCCGAUGGACGAAGAGUUCGCGUGGCUGAUGGCUCGCGAGCAUCUCCUACAGGAGCGCAAGAUCGACGUCGAACUGACGGAGACGCCAGCAGCCACGGAGGCUGGAGCAGCAUCCAAGAGCCGAGUAACAGCUGUGCAGAGGAACACCGCCACUCGUCUGCACGCUUCAUAAAAUCCACUGACGCCAUAGAACUGUGUGCUUAUACAAAUAUACAGUCUAUGAUUUAAACGCACAGGUCAAAUAAAGGGAAAAUAGCGACUGACUUGCUUUGGGGAAAUGUCACAGGACCGUGUCUGAAUGCUGGCUGUCAGUGUGGGGGCAGAACCGACCACCUGCCCAGUGCAAUACAGAGAACCCUUGCUGCCGUGCAGCUGACGCUUCGAGAGGUUUGCAGCAGAUAGAUGCUAUACUGUUACUGAGGUUACAUUUCCUCUGGGAACGAUGACUUUUUUUUUACUUUGAGGGAAAACAGACCUGCAUGAAGUAUGUGCGUCUUCUUUUUGCAAUGCAAUAAAUUCAUAUUUUUAUUUA